UGUCAAUAAUGUCAAUGAUUUCCAUCAAUAACCUUUUUUCUUAUCCAUGUACUUUACAUUCUUUUACCUAAACGAAAAAAAUCCCGCAUUUGCAUUAUCCAAUGGAACCGGGCUUUUCCAGAACCGAAAUCGUCAGUCUAGUGGUCAGAUUGACCCUAGUCUCGGCCGUGACCUUUUGGAGCAUCAAAUGGCUCAUGAACCAAGUGGACCCCACCAACAAGAGCAAGAAAAAAGCUCGGAAAACCGCUGAAGAGCAACUGAGAAGAAUCGCAUCCAACAAACAAUCAGUACAAAUAGACAAACUAAAUGACUAUGAAAUGAUGAUUGCAGCCCAUUUAGUCAAUCCAGCUGACAUUAAAGUCACUUGGGAGGAUAUCGCAGGCCUGGAAAGCCUCAUACAAGAGCUUCGUGAAACCGUCAUUCUACCAAUCCAAAGAAAAGACUUGUUUUUAGACUCCCUGUUAACCACACCACCUAAAGGUGUUUUACUACACGGUCCUCCUGGCUGUGGCAAAACCCUCAUAGCAAAAGCAACAGCUAGAGAAGCAGGCACCUACUUCAUCAAUCUAGAUUUAUCUAUUCUAACGGACAAAUGGUAUGGAGAGAGUCAGAAACUAGCAGCUGCAGUUUUUACUUUGGCUGUAAAGCUGCAGCCUUGCAUUAUAUUCAUAGACGAAAUCGACUCUUUUUUAAGGGCAAGAAACUCUACAGACCAUGAAGCUACAGCCAUGAUGAAAGCACAAUUUAUGUCUUUAUGGGAUGGUUUAAAUUCUGACGCAAAUUGCACUGUUAUUAUAAUGGGGGCCACAAAUAGGCCUCAAGAUUUAGACAGGGCAAUUUUACGUAGAAUGCCUGCCACAUUUCACGUGCCUAUGCCAAAUGCAGCACAAAGAAUGUCAAUUUUGAGCUUGAUUUUAGCCAACGAGCCUACGUCAGAUGAUUUGGAUAUUGAGGCUGUUGCUAAAAGUACUGAUGGAUUUUCUGGAUCAGAUUUGCGCGAGCUUUGUCGUAAUGCUGCUGUAUAUAGGGUGCGCGACUUUGUUAGGCAAGAGAUUAACAGUAGUUUGAAUAGGAGGCAAAGGCUUGAUUCUGGGGAGGAAUAUCAUGACGCCUUAAGGCCGAUUACUAUGGACGAUUUGAAGUUUUCUUACAGUAAAAUGCGCGAGAGUAAAAUUCAUUGUGGGGCGUUACCGGUGCAAAGCAGGAUCGAUUUGGACUAGCUAACAAAAGUCUUGGAUGAUUUGGGACUUUAUGAGAAUAAGUGCAACGAGUUUGCAAAAAGUUUUGAGAAGUGUAGUCGUUACAGGAGCUAAAAUUGUCAUUAUUUUUUUUUGAGAGGCUGUGUAAUGUAUUAAAUUAAUAAAAACAAUUGUGACUAUGUACCUAAUAGGGUUU